AUGGCAGUGGUGAUUGUUUACCACUCAUAUCUACAAGUAAGUGGAAACCAGCGGGAUCUUGCACGCGAGAGGAACUUGAAGAAGCAGUUGGAACAAAAGAAGAAGGCCGGAGCAUCUGCGAAAGAAGGAAAUGCGGGCCUUUCAACGGAUGCAAGAAAGAUUCGUGAUGCCGAAGUAAUGCGACUGAAACAAGAGAAAGCGGCUGCAAAAAAGGCCGCUGACGAUGCAGCAAAAGCCGCAGAUCAAAAGAAAUUAGCCAAAAUUGAUCCUCUUAAAGAUGUAAAGGUCCGAAUGAAUUCAUGUCCCAUCGCUUGGCUCAGCCUCAGAGUCGACGUAUCCCGUAUACAAAUUAUUCAUGGUUCUUCAUUGUUUGUUUCAGUAAUAUUAGACCAUUAUAAUGGCUCUGGAUUUAUAAAUUUUCUGAAUGCUCAACGGUUUGUGUUUGGGAUGAUAUGA